GUUUCGGGAGAGCUCGGCGGGACAACGGGAUGUGAGCGCCGGCCGUGACUCCGCCGGUCAUUUGUCCAUUUGUCCGGCGGGAUGGCCGCGCUCCGGCCUCUCCUGCUGCUGUUGCUGCUGCUGCCGGCCUGGCGCUGCGGAGGGGAGGACGUGGAGGUGCUGUGCGCCGACAGCGCCUGCUACACCCUGCACCGCAAUGAGAGCACCUGGAAAAACGCCCAGGAGCGCUGCCGGGAUAACGGGGGCAACCUGGCGCCGGUGCGCAGCGCCGCCGAGUCCGCACGGCUGCGGGAGCUGCUGGCCACGGCCCGCUGGGCUGGCCCGGCUUGGCUCGGGCUUGCCCUGCCGCGGGGUCAGUGCGUGCAGCCGCAGGAGCCGCUGCGAGGCUUCUCCUGGGUGGCCGGAGGCGAGCCGGGCAACUUCUCGGAGUGGGCAUCCGAGCCGGCGGACACCUGCGUGAGCGCCCGCUGUGCCAGCCUGCGGCCGCCCGGCCCGCACGGCCCCGGCGGCUGGAGCGACCGAGCCUGCAGGAACCCGCUCCCGGCUUUCCUCUGCAAGUUCAGCUUCCAGGGAAUGUGCGGGCUCCUGCCGCUGGCCGGCCGAGGCUCGGUCACCUACAGCACCCCGUUCGGGGUGCGCACCUCCCGCCUGGCCGCCGCUCCCUUCGGCACGCUGGCCGAGGUGCAGUGCGAGGGCGGCGGCCGCUCGCCCUUCGCCGUCUGCAAGGGGCCGCUGGCCGGGGGUGGCUUCGCGUGGCACCCGCCGGGUCCCCUGUGCCCGGUCGCCUGCGGCCACCUCAACGGCGGCUGCCAGCAGCGCUGCCUGGACGGGCCGGGCGAGUCCCCGCGCUGCGCUUGCCACCCCGGCUACGUGCUGGCCGCCGACAUGGCCUCCUGCGUUCCCGAGGAUUCCUGCCAUCCCAAUCCCUGCCAGGGCUCCUGCCGGCCGCUGCCCGGCGGCUUCGAGUGCGGCUGCGAGCCCGGGUACGCCCUGGCAGCCGACGGCCGCGGCUGCUCGGAUGUGGAUGAGUGCGAGUCGGGGCCGUGCCAGCACCAGUGCCGCAACAUUCCCGGCGGCUUCCAGUGCCACUGCCGGCCCGGCUACCGCCCCGCGGGGCCCGCUGGCCGCCACUGCCACGACGUGGACGAGUGUGCCCAGCCCCACGCGUGCCCGCAGCUCUGUAUCAACAUUCCCGGCUCUUUCCGCUGCGCCUGCCGACCCGGCUUCCAGCGGCAGCCGGGAGGAGAUUCCUGCCUGGAUGUGGAUGAAUGCCUGAGGGAUCUGUGUCCCGGCGCCUGCCGCAACUUCCCCGGCGGCUACGAGUGCCUGUGCCCGCCUGGCUCCAUCCGGGACGGGGACGGGCACGGCUGCAGCCCCGGGGAGACGAUCCCAAACAGUAUUCCACAGAGCUCCAGCAUCAUCCCACAGAUUUCCAGCAUCCCACAGAGCUCCGGCAUCACCCCACAGAGCUCCAGCAGCAUCCCACAGAGCUCCAGCAGCAUCCCACAGAGCUCCAGCAGCAUCCCAGGCACCGCGCCCAUCCCAUGGACCACGAGCAUCCCGCGGACUCCGGGAAUGCCCACCGGGGGAUUGGGAGCCGGCUCGGACGAGCACAGCGCGGACGGCCCGCGGCUGCUGCUCUAUUACAUCGUGGGCAGCCUGGUGGCCAUCCUGCUCCUGCUGGCGUUCGCCCUGGCGCUCGUGGCUUGCAGGAAAAGGGCGGCCAAGAGGGAGAAGCCGCCGGCCAAAAACGCGGCCGAUAAUUAUUGCUGGGUGCCCGAGCAGCCCGAGAGCCGCGGGGAACGAAGGUAG